AUGUUCGUCAUGGCGCACCGGGGUCAUGUUGUGAGCUUGCUGGUGGUUGCGGGUCUGUUGGUACACGCGACAGAGGAUGUUGAGUGGCCUAUCCUGGCCGUGGAUGACCGUGGCAAUUUGCACAUUAAUGCGACCACGCUCGAAGAGCAAAGCGUCGCGGGCGCCGCCAGCCCUACCAUCUAUCUCAACGGCGUGGAUGUCAAGGCGCGCAUCGAGUCGUUGUCGCAGGAGCUCAACAGGACCCGGCAAGACCUGGCCAAUGCACUUGCGCCCGGCCCCACUGCAGGACCGUGGGGAAUCAAUCUCGAUUACAACAACUCGCUCUAUCGUGCGCUGGACAUUGACUAUGUUCACGUGGUGGGCUACCGAGACGUUUAUUCGCCCUUUUUCGACUUGGAUGAUGACCUGAGCUCGGGCGUGGCCAUGGUACAGGUCAAGGGCACGUUUCGAAUGCUUGGUAGCGAUUGCUGGCAGUUUAUCGAGGUCGUUUGCUGGAAGGAUGACCAACGCAUCACCCACGAAAUGGCCUGCCGCUAUGAGGGGGUCACAGCCCAAUUGGCCGACCUUGGUUCGACAAACAGCGGUCCAAUCUUCACCUAUCCACCAUCAGUGGCCUCGCAUUGGGGUUUGGAUGACGGCGAGAGGUUAUGGAUUGGCUUUUAUCUCCUUGGCAAUGUGUCUCGCCUCCCCGAUUACGUGGUCCGACUCGAUAACCCCGCAUCGUCCUAUGUCAACGGUACGGCCAUCAUCCUGCCCGACGAGCUGUCGCCAGAAGUAAUGGCAGCACUGGCGUCCAAUCCCAUGGUGGUGGCCGUCCGCCACCGACGCACGUGCUCUGACUUGCGCCUUGUCUACCACAACUUCAAGCGAGAUACCAUGGAGAGCUUUGGGCAGGCGGUGACGCUUCGCUCCUGGAGCCGAAGAGAGAAUGGCCGAUUUACCUUUUUCCCGGAAACCACGCGCUUUCAACUGCGCAUGCAGCUCAACUACUAUGCGCUGGCCAACACCAGCACCAUCCUAUCAGACUACACCCUUGAUUCGGCCAGAGGAGCCGUUUGGCUUGAUAAUGUGCAAAGCAAGGUCAUUAUCCGUGAUGAGUCGAGGUUCCACCCAUCAGGUUCCACUGCUCUCGCCUCUCUGUCCAUUAUCUCUCCAUUCACAAGUCACACACACACACACACACUCUCUCUCUCUCUCUCUCUUUCUCAAACUAACCAACCCAAUUCAUCUCUCUCUCUGUCUCUCUCUCUGUCUCUCUCUCUCUCUGUCUCUCUCUCUCUCUCUCUGUCUCUCUGUCUCUCUGUCUCUGUCUCUCUGUCUCUGUCUCUCUCUGUCUCUGUCUCUCUCUGUCUGUCUCUGUCUCUCUCUGUCUCUGUCUCUGUCUCUCUGUCUCUCUGUCUCUGUCUCUGUCUCUGUCUCUGUCUCUGUCUCUGUCUCUGUCUCUGUCUCUCUCUCUCUCUCUCUCUCUCUCUCUCUCUCUCUCUCUCUCUCUCUCUCUCUCUCUCUCUCUCUCUCUCUCUCUCUCUCUCACAUGUUCACACACACUCUCUCUCCCUCUCUCUCUUCUCUCUCCUUCUUGCUAGUUCGGCUUCCGUUUCAAACUCCUCGUUGGACGUCCGUGUCCCGCGCUUAGUCAAGGCUAUAAGCCUGGUCCUCGGACCAUCCACCAUGGAUGACAUUCAAAAGCAUUUGCGCUGGUGCGAUGCCAUUGCCACCCUGGGUAUUGGUCAAGGACGCACAUUGCUCCUGGACUUGGAGGGCCUCGCCCAUCACGUCUAUGAGCCCGAGUACAAGGAUAGUGUGCGCUACCUGGUUCAAAAGGCGCUGCACUUUGUCGACGUUCUCGUCAAUGUGGCCCACAUUCACCUCUGGAUUGUCAGCGCGCCCGAACUGGAAUCCAUCGGCACGAACAAUGAUGCCAGCCUUAAGCUUCUUCGCAACGCCAUCGUCACCCUCUUUCAGUCGGAAAUCGACCAUCCCUCCGUUACCUUCUCCCGAUAUGCCUCGAUCAACGACGAAGCCUUCAGCUCUGAUAAGAUGCACCACGUGCCCAUUGCUGCUCUGAGCACGACAGCGGAUCGUGACCCCAUCACCAGCAUUCAUCUGUGGCUGCGUCAGGAGUUGCCAGUCAUCUUGCUGGAGGGCAGCAACUUUGCCACGCCACGCCUCUUCGCUUGGCUUGUCGACUUUUUUACAUUGCCCACGUCGGAAGACACAUCACCGGCCGUGACCGCGGCGGUCUCGGAUGAAUUCAGCUCGGAGCAGCAAACCGCGCUGCUGUCUGCUUUUGAACAACAGAUCAAAGAUACCUCGGCAGAUGACGAGGAGCGCUACUGCGUUGCGCUGUGCCUAGCUGCAUUCCAGGCCAAUGGCGAGGGAUCUCCCUUCCCUCACAGCGUAGCUUUGGCUGCGCUUGCCCUGGCGCAAACUUUGCCUUUGCGGUCCCGCAACCUGGCUGGCCCAACGCCCGAAGCCUGGGAUGCCCUGGCCCAGGCGAGCCCCGAACUCGCCCAGUGUCGCGACUUCUGGCUCAAGAGUCUGACUGCUCUUGCCUUUCUUCUGCAAGCUACCCGCCAAAGUGCCCACAAACCUAAGCGCGUGGAGGAUAUUGUUGAUGGCCGCCUUUAUCGUGCCUUGUGCCUUGCAUUGCUGGCCAACCCCGCAGCUCCAGCCUCUGCCCUGACCGCUUCAGCCCCGAGCUGGCUGACGCAGUAUCUCGCUUCGAGCGCCCCUCUGCAAGCAGCAUGGACAACUGCCCCAAAGGCCGCUGUGCCUGCUGCUAAAACCGAGCAAGAGAGUGCACAAGCGGCUGCCCGUGCUGAGCAAGCAGCUUCUGCUGCCAUUCCCGAACCGCUGCCCCUGCUGCACGCCACAGCAGCUUUUGCCGAACGCUCAGCGGACAACUCGCGUAUCCUUGAUCUUUGGAUGAACCGUGCCAUGACACGUGCACAGCUUGCGGGCGAGGAUCAAGUUUGGUCUGCUUUGGCUCAAAACCAAAGCGCGCCCACCCUUGACAUGCAGGCGCAAACCACGCCUGCUUGGCCAGUGCCCAACUCUUUCACGCCCAAGGUAGCCGACCAAGACUCGGAUCGUUUUGCCUACGUGAAUCAGAUUCAAAUUGGCCGUCGUCACGAAGAGCGCAUCAUGCGCGCGGCGGGAAUCUAUCGUGCAGCCCGCCGAGAAGCCACUGCUAGCACCGGCGACGAGCGCGAAGCUGCGCUUCGCCGCAUGCGCGAUGCUACCAUGACUCUCUUUGGUCUGCUUCCCGUAUCCAUUGAUGAACGCUUUCGGCGGUGCAAACCGCUGGAACUGGACCCGGCCAUGGAAACCGAGCUUGAAUACUUUUUUGACAGCCGUGGCCGACACAAGGGUGACAUGAAGGGCAUUCAAAAGGCCAUGGAAAAGGAGCAGCGGGCACGCCAAACCCUGAGCGAGCAGCGUCUCAAGACAGCCGAAGGGCUCAUUGGCGGCCCAGUGCAGACCACGCUCAUCGAGCUUGAUGCCAACGACGAUCGCCUGCCCCAACUUGAGGCUCUCAAUACCUUCCGUCGCCGUCUUGAGGCCGACGACAACCCCAUCAGCAAGGGCCUGGAGCAGCUUCAGCGUGCCACUGUCCCCACGCAGCUCAAGGUUUCCUUAGACCAGGUCCAGGCGCGUCAGCUAGAGCGUGUCAAGGUUGAAGUAAACCGAGCGCACUCGCGUCAGCGCCACCGCGUCCUCCGCGCCAUCGCCACCAGCAUGAACCAGCAGCAAGUGCGCAAUUAUAAGACUUGGCUCCAGCGCAUGGACGACGCGGCCGACAAGGCCAACCUCCUGGCUUUGGUGGCUGACAUCGGUCUCUUCAUUGGUAGUCAUGAUCGUCCGGAAGCGCCACUGGAGCUGGAUCAGCCACCCUUGCGCAUCUCUGUCGAAGAACGUGAGGCUGCUGCCACCAUUGGCCAAACUCUAUCGCUGCUCCGCAAGGCCGAGAGUUAUCAGAGUCGCAAGUUUCCUAGCGAGUUUGCUCAUGCCCUGGAGCUGCUGACGAAGCAGGUCGAAAGCUUGCGCAGCCUGUUGGCCGCGUACGGCUUCACCAACGACCAGCCACCUCAAGUGCUCGCCCGUUUUGUCUUGCGCGUCAUGGGCCCGCAUUUCCGCCGGCCGAGCGGCCGCGAGGACUACCGCUCGGAGCACUUCCCGCCCGACGAUUGGCAGCGAACGCUUCUGACCGCCAUUGACAACCGCCACAGCGCCCUCAUUUCUGCCCCAACAUCUUCAGGCAAGACCUUCAUCUCUUUUUACGCCAUCGAGCAAGUCCUUCGGGCCUACCCCGAGCACGGCGACGGCCGCGUGGUGUACCUUGCCCCAACCCGUACGCUCAUGCAGCAAGUGCGCGGCGAUGUGGAGGCUCGGUUCGAGAAGAAGAUGGACCGCAGCGUUCUUCUCGGCGAGUUGGAUCCUGGCUUUCGCUUCAACCUGGAUACGUGCCAGGUGCUGGUGGCGUCGCCCGAGUGUCUUGAGGAGCUGUUGUUGGAUCCCGUCGUGGGCUUGCAAUGGCGUGCUUCCCUGAAGUGGGUCAUCUUUGAUGAGAUUCACAGCAUCACCUCUGCCACAGGCCGUGUUUGGGAACGCCUCCUGGCCCUCAUCAACUGCCCCUUCCUGGCCCUGUCUGCCACGCUGGGCAACGUGGAUCACCUGCGCCGUUGGCUCAAUGAGCUGGAGGACAGUCGUCGUCGUCCCGAGGUCACGUUUAUCGAGCACAAGAAGCGCUGGAAUGACCUGGGCUUCUCCACGUACGCGGGUUCUCUGGAGGACCCCAAGGUUGAGCCCAUGAAUCCGAUUGCCCUCUAUCGUACGGAACAACUGCAGCGAGAUGAUUGGAAGUCGCUCGUCAAGCUAAUCCCGGAGCACCUGGACUCUGUCCUCGAGACGCUGCGCGAGAUCCCCGAAGCCGCUGAGGACGUGGCCGAGCUGACCAAGUUUCGUGAUACCAACUUUGGACGCGCAGAGCUGCCCGUCAUGUUUGGCAGCAGCAACGACGAGGGUGUCUCUGCCACGCCGAGCGCGGUGGAGCAGUUUGAGGCCCAGGUCAAGGGCGCCGUCCAACGAUUGGCACAGACGACUCCCAGCGCGUGCAAGACGUUGCUUGCGCGAUUGGCCUUUGCGCCCCCCGUCUUGAUUGACUCGUUGCCGAGGGAGGCAGAGGAAUUGCGCCAACUUUACCGCUACCUAAACAAGGAACGCCAAUUGCCGGCUCUUAUCUUCCGUCUCAACGUGUCUCAUAUCCAGAGGCUGGGCAGUGAAAUUGUGAAGCAGAUUGAACUCAGCGUGCCGUCUGACCAGGAGCUCAAGCGGGAGACCAUUUUCACGAGCCCCUUUGAGCAACUCAAGACAGAGCUGACAAACGACGAGCACAAGCGAGCGCGCAUCAAGUCGGAGCAAGGCCUCGAUGACUGGGGUUACAACGAGUGGGCAGCGCAGGAGGCGGAACAGCGCGUCCUCAGCAACCUGCGUGCCUCGCAGCGUGUUGACGACCUGAUUCGUGCCACGCGCACGUAUCGCCGCGUGCGCGACCAAAAGCAUCAAGCCAUGCUCAUGGAUGAUGCCCAACGUCAGUCCAAAAAGGAUGAAAUGGAUUGGAAUGAUACUCAGUAUGAUGAGCACGCCUUGGAGCAGGCCGAAGCCUCGGCUAUCGUCACGGUGCGCGCCCAAGCCUUCCGCAACGUCGGCUUUUGCGUGCCCGGCCAAUCUCUGCCAACGAUGGAAGAGCUGCAUGACAUGUAUGCUCCCGGCAAGGAACUGGCCAAAUUUGAGAACAUGGUUUCUGAGAGCCCCUUCUUUCAAGCCCUUUUGUGUGGUGUGGGUAUGCACUACUCGGCCCUUUCCGCGCCCAAGCGUCGUUUGGUGGAGAACCUCUUCCGUGCCCAUCGCCUCGCGGUGGUGCUGGCCACGGAAACGUUGGCCGUGGGUAUUUCCAUGCCUUGUCCCACGGUGGUGAUCACGGGCGAUGCACCGGAGCUCGACCCCACCAACUUCCAGCAAAUGUCUGGCCGUGCCGGUCGUCGUGGUUUCGAUCUUCGCGGCCAGGUCAUCCUCUUUAACAUGUCAUCCUACAAGGCGCGUUUUUGCCUGUCGCAGUCCAUCAACACCAACGCGGGCAACCCCGUAGGGGAUGCGGGCUUGACGCUCAAGAUGCUCUGUGGCCUUCGUACUGUCAACACGCGCCUGGACGAGCGCUCCGACGUGCUGAGCACCAUGGAUCGCGUCCUUUGCCAGCCCAUGGCCUUUGCGGCCCAAGACCCCGCCACGCUGGCACGACACCACCGCAGCAACGCGCUGUUGCAGCGCUUCGUGCUCGAGUUUUUGGCACGGGUGGGUGCCGUAAAGUUGAACGUAUCGCAGGCCAGUUCGGCCAGCGAUGCGGCUGCUGUGAGCAAGGAGUCGGCGAUCCCGGCUGCUGCAGGCAAGCCAGACUCUGAUGACGAGGAUGAUGAGGAUCUCCUGGAUGAUUGGGAUGCUAGCUCUGAUGAGGAGGGCGAAAGCGUGGCACCUGCAGGUGCUGGAGCUGGACCGGCAGCAGUGCAACUGACUGCGACGGCGGACCUGCACAACCUAAGUGCCUUUGCUGGUCAAUUGUACUUUGAGAGCCCGCUCAACUUUGCCGUUUUGCAGCUCCUGGUGGAGGGCACGUACGUGCAAGCCUACGGGGCGUAUCGCGCUCAUCAAAAGAUGCAAAAAGCCAAGGCCGAUUUCUUGACUUUUGUGCUGCACUGCGUAUGCAUUCGCCGCGAGAACGGAUCUUGGCUGCAGGAGGCUCAAAAGACGCGCGAUCAACGCCAAGCCCCAGUAGCCAUUGUGCUGCCACCUGCCCCUGCCCCGUAUGGUCCAGCCCUGGCUGCUGCGCGCGCAGCGGGAGUGCAAGCGUUGACCUCUGUGGUGAAGGCCCACAAGGAUGUUUUUGUUGACACCGACUCAAUGCCCUUGCCCUUGCUCAAAUCGACAUCGCACGCGGCCAAGGCAAUCCCCACCAACCUGUUGGCCGAUGUGACGGUGCCAACCACUGUUCGCACAGCGAACAGUUCCUUGGUUGGAAAGGGUGAUGUCCUGGCGUCGGCCUCAGAUGCAUUGGCUGCCACACAAGAGUACUUGCCCUGGCUUCACUCAGACCUGCUGGUGGAUGACCUAGUUAGCGACCAGGAUCGCUCGGUGUUUGGUGCGUCGUGGAAGAACGCGUGCGUGCUCGACCAGUGGCAAGUUCGCGAUCCGGCUCUUGUCAUGGAGUUGGAUCGCGUUACCCGCGAUGAUCUCUACGAUCACUUUGUCGUGCUGCGCACCUAUUUACGCGUGCUGGGCCGAACCAUGUGGGCCCGAUUGGAGGAUGGAACCGAUCCCGAGCAUUUGCAAGCCCGAAACUUUUUGGUGGACCUUAUUCUAUCGUUGGAGCUUGACAGCGAGGUUGACACGCUAACCAGUCGAGUCGAGUGGUGGAGGAGCCGCAUUUACCAGUUGACGAUCAGAGCAAGCAAGUUGAUUAACCACAACAGCAACAUGAGCGACAAGGGCGGCAGUCAAGGUCAGAGCAAGGGCGGAGCCCCCGGUGCGGGCCAAGGCAAGGGCGGAGCCCCCGGUGCGGGCCAAGGCAAGGGCGGAGGUUCCAGCGCUGCCGGCUGGCCCUCCACUACGGGCAACCCCUCGGGUGGUGACCGCUCCAACAACCCAAGCAAGUGACGCUCUUGAUAGAAUAAACUGCGGUGCCGUUUACUCUGCAAUUGAGCGAUC